AUGCAGCUGGUAGCCUGCUUAGCGGUGCUGGUGCUCUGUGUGGCAGAGGCUGUAGAGAAUUGUCCCGAUGUAUGUAAAUGCACCAAGCAAACCAGCCCUGAAAGGUCAGAGGUCAACUGCCACAAGAAGGGGAUGAGGAAAUUCCCCUCCAAACUGCCCCCGGAUUCCUGGAUUCUUAAAAUGGGCGAGAACAGAAUAGUAGACCUCCCGCCAAACGUUCUGAAACCCAUCCCCAAGAUCGAAAGCAUCAACUUGGAACGCAACGUCAUCAAAUCAAUACACCCCCAGGCCUUCUCUGGAGCCCGGAGGCUGAUGCUGCUCAACCUGUAUGGGAAUCAGAUCAACAAACUCCCCCUGAAGGGCUUCCAGGACCUGCUCAACCUCCGCUUCCUCAUGCUGGGCCAGAACCAGAUUUCCAGUGUCAAACCAGACAUGUUCACUGGCAUGAGGAACCUCUCAGACCUGGACCUGCCUCUCAACUCUCUGACUGCCCUUCCUUCCAACGCCUUCAAGCCUCUGAUCGCCCUCAAGGUCCUGGACCUGGCCCUCAACCGCAUCCAGAGAAUCUCCACAAAGGGCUUUGUGGGCUUGACGGAGUUGCUGUUCCUCAACCUGGACAACAACAGCCUAAAGAGUAUCCCGGCUGGGGCCUUCAAGCCUCUGGCCUCCCUGGAGAUGCUGGUGCUGGAUAACAACCUGCUGUCCACGCUGACCUCAGCCACUCUGGAGGGCUUGUCCAACCUGCAGGAGCUCUACCUCAGGAACAAUGAGCUGGAGAGGCUGCCCCAGGACCUGUUCAGACACACACCCAAGCUUUCCCAGCUGGCCCUCAGUGGGAACAGGCUGAAGACUGUGGAUGGAAGCAUGUUCACCCAGCUGUCUGAUAGACAAAGCUACAAUGCACCCAUUUUUAUCUCAAUAUCAAACCAUUUCUGGCGCAUGGUGAUGUCAUCAUGGAAGACUGGAGCCCGGAGGCUGAUGCUGCUCAACCUGUAUGGGAAUCAGAUCAACAAACUCCCCCUGAAGGGCUUCCAGGACCUGCUCAACCUCCGCUUCCUCAUGCUGGGCCAGAACCAGAUUUCCAGUGUCAAACCAGACAUGUUCACUGGCCUGAAGGAGGUGUAUCUCCAUGACAACCCCUGGACGUGUGACUGCAACAUCAACAACCUGGUGCGCUGGAUGUCCCAGACCAAGGCCAACCUCUCCCCUUUGGAGUCCCUGAGGUGUGUUGCCCCAGCAGGUUACCGGGACAAAGCCCUCAAUAGCCUCAAAGACCAGAAUCUGCGCUGCCGGGCCUAG